CGUACGCGAUAUGGCUCGCAUAGCGGCUUUAUUGCAUAGAGCGGCUGACCUAAGUCAUGUACCAGCAAUGAAGGAAAUCAAAUUUCUAUUGCCUAAACCAGCUUUAAGUAUUAGAGAAACACGGCCAGCCCAAUGGGUGGGUCUAGUCCAAUCGGCUUGGCCACAGAUUGCCAAUCUAAGUCCUGGCCAGGUGAAAGCCCAACAAUUCUUGAAUGUGUUGUCGGCAUGGCCUUUAUUCGGUAGCAGUUUCUUUGCGGUGAAACGUAUAUGGGCCGAAGAGGGUCCACAUGUCGAUGACGGUCCCAUGUGGAGGGAUUUGAUAUUGGCCCUCAAUCGUAGGGGGGUGUUAUUCUUGGAUCCCAAUACACAUGUCAAUGCAACAUUGGCCAUUUAUGGAGGUCAUAUCGACAAGGAAGGUCCGUUCCGAGGAUGGUGCAUUGUUUUUGGACAUGAAGGUGGACCUCAAUCUGAUGCAGCAACGUGUCAUACGGGUCCAAACCGAAGAGGCUCAUGAGAUAUCGCGUUUGGUACGCCAAUACAUAACCAUUGGCUCUUCUAGG